AUGCACUUGCGUUCUCUCGCCUUGCUGUUGCCACUUCUCUUGAAGGCAGUGACAGCUGAUGAAGAGAAUAAUGAAGAGGAGCAGAUCACUGUUACUCACACCAACUACGUCACUCCUUACUGUUUCGAAGAAAAACUCAAGGCUUUCACCAAAGAGGACUGCCACACUACUGGUAUCCCCUUGGUGAUCAUCUACGCCAAUCCAGAGGACCCGAUUGCUCUGGACCAUGCUGGCCAUGCACCAGCCCCUGGUGCCCAGGGAACUUUCACUAGCACCACUGCUGCCCCAUCAAUGUAUGGUGGUUCUCGUGCCACCGACGCUGCCAAGUCUUCAAAAAUUUCCCAUAAGACCACUGAUUGCUCUGUUUGUGAGAAGGUGUCUUUGAUUGAGUCUGCGCUGGUGACUUACUCUAGCAUCAUCUAUUCUGCAAACUCCACGCAGCCAAUUACUGUUCUGUCGCUGUCUUCCAAUGGUCUUCCCUCUGCAACUGGCUCAGACCCAUUGAUCACUGCUGCCACUGUGAGCGGAGGAUCAACCCUCACGCUUCUGUCUCUGUGGGAUGUGAGCCUGGCCUUGAAUGCUACUACUGACUCGACUUACGGCUUCAAUCUUCCUUCGGACACUUAUGCUUCCAAGUCUGCUGCUGACAGUAGUGUGCCUUCCUUUUCCAGUGCCCUGUUGUUCUCAAGCUCUUUUGUCACCUCGACUUUGAGAACUUCUGGAAGUGCUUCCCACUCGACUGAUGUUCGUGGCAGUGCUUCUUACUCGACUGAUGUUCUUGGCAGUGCAAUGACCGAGUCAAAGAUCAAGUACUCUAACAGUUCCUCAUCUUUGGUUUCAUCUUUGGUUCCUUCUAGGACCAGUAUGAGCUCGUCAGCAAUGAUCUCGAGCUCUGCCAUCCUUUCUUCCUCCGCCAUCUUGUCCUCCUCGUCGUCCGCCAAAAUGAGCUCAUCGUCGCUGUCUGCAAUUUCGUCAUCAGAAUCUGCUUCUGUCGCCUCCAAGGAAAGUGAAGCUGGCAUGCUUACGAUUCGCUCCGUUCCAACCUGCCAUUCUGUUUCUGACUUGUUCCAGGCAAUUGACACCUCGGAUCCUUCCAAGUACUACAAGUCUGGAGAGUUGCCAGUUUCAAUCCCUGAAGGCAUUUCUACUAGCUCCCCUAUUGGUACAAACCUGUUCUAUGCUAACUUGUUCCUUGGUGAUCAGUCUAGUAUGGUCUGGACUUACCCAUACGGUUUUCACUGGGCAAAGGACAAAUAUGGUUUUGCUGUGCAGCACACUGACCCCGAUAGACGUGUUUUUGGUAAUAAGAACUCCAACGGUGGUUCCGAGUAUUACUACAACCCCAUCCUUCUUGGUGAGAUAAUCUUCUCAGCUACUCGUUUAUCCAAGAGCAACAACCACUUAAGUGUCUCUGAUAUGACACAGAUGUCCGCAAACGUGAAGCUUUCCCCAGAUAGUGGUAAGAGUGACAACUAUAUUGAGCUUCCUCUCGUACAUGGAAUGGGUUUUGCCACUUCCAUUUACCACGGUGAUUUGAAAGCCCGUUUGUCUACCGUCUUCGCUUUCCAAACUAUCGUCAAGGAGACAGUUGCUUCUUCCAAUAACAGAUUGGUGAAGUACAGAGUCAAGUUGAACCUGGGAGCUGAGUGGUUGCUCUUCGUGACUUUGCCAUCAAAGGACGACUCUUUCAAGCUUCUGAUCCAAGGAAGCGAUUUAGUUGCCAAUAAAGCUGUUGAUGGUCUUAUCAUUCAGGCUGCGUUCGCACCAUCUGACAGCAGUUUGGACAACUACUAUUACGAAACUGCUGGACAAUAUGUUACAGACGCUCAGAUUGAGGGUUCUAUCGCUUGCACCUCUGCCAACUACAAGUUUGCCUACUCGACCAAGGGUUCCUCGAUUGCCAACAAACCUAUAAUUUUUGCUCUCCCUCAUCACUUGCAAACUUUGGACUCAAGUGUGACAACACAGAGUACUGGUAUUCAACUCGAGUCCACUGUGAAGGGAACCAUGCACGGCUUCUUGACCGAUGCCCUUUCUUUCAGUGAGACUGUUAACAACCAGAUUCAGUUUUUGCCAUGGGUUCAAGGAAUGGGUACAAGCGCCACAUACUCGACGAAACAACUCAAAUUGAUUCAUGAGACUGCUAUAAAGGAGAUCUCCGGUGUCGAUAUUCCUCUGACUAUUCUUUCGGUGAAGUCCACCUACUCAAUGGGUAAACUCGCUGACAAAUAUGCCUACAUUUUGUACGUUCUUAAUGACAUUGUGAAGGAUGAGGCUGCUGCCAAGUCCUUGUUGAAGUCAUUGAAGGAAUACUAUGCUGCUUGGUUCAAGAACACUGGAAUUGGUUACCCAUUAAUGCACGACACUAAAUUCGGUGGUGUGACUAGCACUGCGAAUAACAACGGCGACACCGGUGCCGACUUUGGUUCUGGAUUCUACAAUGACCAUCACUUCCACUACGGUUAUCACGUCCAUGCUGCUGCUCUCAUUGGUCAUGUUGAUAAACAAUUUGGUGGAUCUUGGGCUGAUGACAAUAAAGAGCAGGUUAACAUGUUGGUCAGAGAUGUUGCUAACCCAAGUAAGAACGACAAGUAUUUCCCUGUGUUCAGACUGUUCGACUGGUUCCAAGGUCACUCCUGGGCUAAAGGUUUGUUUGCAAGUGGUGACGGUAAGGACGAGGAAUCUUCCUCUGAGGAUUACCACUUUUACUACGGCAUGAAGUUGUGGGGUAAUGUGAUUUCGGACAAUGCUAUGGAGGCUCGUGGUGACUUGAUUUUGAAAAUCAUGAGCAGAGCUAUGAACUCCUAUAUGCUUUACUCAAGUGACAACACCGUCCAGCCACCUUCUAUCAUCCCUAACAAAGUUUCUGGUAUCCUCUUUGACAACAAAAUCGCCUACACUACCUACUUUGGGCAGAAUACUGAGUACAUUCAUGGUAUCCACAUGUUACCCAUUACACCAGCCUCUGGGUUGAUUAGAGGAGCCAACUUUGUGAAGGAAGAGUGGGAAUCUAUUAUCUCCGGUAUCAUUGAUUCGGUCAAUUCUGGAUGGACAGGAAUUCUUCGUUUGAACGAGGCUCUCUACGAUGGUAAAUCAUCCUACAAGUUCUUUUCCUCCGAUAGUUUCAAGUCCUCCCUCUUGGAUGAUGGUCAGAGUAGGACAUGGAGUUUAGCAUUCUCCGCCGCUGUUGCUAACAGCCAACUCUAG